AUACACCUGUCACUACAUUAUAUUUACAACAUUCACAGAUAUAUUAUUUAUUCCAUACGACUUCUAAUAAUUUUCCUCAUUUUUUAUUAAUAUGAAUCGAUUAUUUAAAUUUGUAAAUCUUCUUUCAAGGAAUUCCGUUCCUAACUUUGAACGCUGGCUUACGAACAAUCUUUUGAAAAGUGAUCUUUUCCACAAGACUUCGCAUAUGAUUAACAAUUAUUUGAAGAAUUUUAAACGACCUUACUGACUUUGAAACAUUUUAACUGGAUUCCUGAUAUCGCAUUGUUGUUUGAUAACAUGACUGUUGUUAUCUUCAACAAACUAUUAGUCAGUAGAAUUUCCUUAAACGCUUCUUCUAUAAAAAAUAGAUUCCACCCUUUUAUUUAUUCCACUUCAUACACACGUUCAUACUCUGCUAAGAUAAAAAAUAUUAAAAAAAAAGAUGAAUUGGUUAAGAAAACCCAGGAAAACAUUGUAACAUUUGAUGAUUCUGAUGUUAUAAAGUGCACUAAGGACCAAUGGCUUUAUAAGCCAACCCCCAGGGAGAUUAAAUUAUUCCUCGAUUCUAAACCUAUUCCCACCAGACCCUUUGAUUUAGAAAACAGCGUUGUAAUUAAACUCGUUGAUCUUCAUAAAGAAGUUACUUCUCCAGUGAAAUCCACUGUUUAUUUCAGUGAAUAUGGAAUCAGAAAGGGUGAAACACUAACUUUGGUUGUUACAUGGCUUUUAUGCACAUCAGUUUGCAUUUACUUGGGAUUUUGGCAGCUGAAUCGAAAGAAAUGGAAGGAACAGAUUAUAGCUUUCAGAGAAAAAGCACUUAACUCACCUAAAAUUAUCAUAAACUCACUUUCUGACAUUAUUGAUCAUUCUAGAAACCAUGACGAUGGCCUUGAUGGAUUAUUCUAUAGGGUUGUAGAAGCACACGGAGUCCUUGAUACUAAACAACAGUUUUUAGUUGGACCUAGAAAAUCACUAGUUCAUGAGCAUGGAAAGGAAUUUGGAUUUAAUGUUCUGUAUCCACUUAGAUUUAAUGAUGGUUCAGCUAUUCUUGUUAAUAUGGGAUGGCUUAAUUCUGAUGAGUUAUUUGAUAAUAAUAUUGGGUCAGAAUGGGUCACUGUGAGAGGUGUAUUGGUAUCUGGUGAAAUUACGGAAAAUUUAAUACCUUCAAUAAAAUAUAAAACACUAUCUCUAAUAGAAAACCUAAUACAUGGUCUAACUGGUUACAAACUAGGCUUAACUGAGUCCAUCAAUAGGCCUUCCAACCUAACUUGUGAGGACUCUAGAAAAGUAUACAGAUACAUGGAUCCUGAGUCAAUAGGUGCUGAGUUAUUUUCAAAGUAUCCUGAUAUUACAAAAAAAUACAUACUUAGUGUAUAUGACUCAUAUUUCGAUGAUGAUAAACCAUCCCUUGACGUGGACAGUGGUGCUACUUCAAAUGACAGUUUUCUCAAAAGGCUCCUAAAUAAUACCAUUUUAACCUCUAAAUAUAACUCUAAUCCACACAUUGAUCGUCCUGGACCUUAUAGAUUCAAAUUUCAGAGAAAACAAAAGAGUGAUUACCUACUUUUUUAUGCUGACCCUGGCACACACUUUAACUACGCAUUACAAUGGUUCCUUAUAGGUUUCUCCAUAACAGCUUUGUCUCUCUAUAAAUUUUUAAGAAUUCACAGAGUUUUAAGGAAUUUAACUCCUUAA